GCGACAGCCCACCGGACACGGAGGGGUCUCAUUGCAUUCCUUGCGCAACGCGAACAGAGACCAACGACUGAAAGAUCACCGUUCCAGGCCUUUCAUUCACCAGAGAGCAGUUGUCAGGGUCCUUCGACGAGUGUGCGUCGCACUGACAUGACCGACGGGCUCAUUCUUGUGGUACUGAACGCAAAGAGCCCACUUCUCUGCUUGUCAGGCACUGGUGGAUGGAUGGAUAACUGUGUGCUUGUGUGUCUGUGCGUGUCUUUGUGUGUUUGUGUGUUUGCUUGUGUGACACCGCCAGGUGACAAUCGUGUUUUUGGCGAAGGGUGCAUGGGUACUCCUGGAGACGGCCCUUAUGAGUACCCGGGACAGCCACUGGCACGGCUCCCAUCAGACAUGAGCAGCAAUGCACCGCUGGGGCUCUAUGACGGUACGGAUGGUACCUCACUCAGACACUCACUCCACACACUAACAUUCGUCGCGUCUGUCCGGGUGCAGAGCUGACGAACGACCCAUUCUUCCGAAAACAGGAUGAAUCACAGGGUGAGCAAAGCAUUCGAAGGAGCCGAAGCAGUGUGUCACUCCCGCAUGUGGUGGUUGCUUGCGGCUGUGAAUGUCAGGUAUGGACUACGGCGUCCCGCGGCUGCCGUCGCUGAGCAUGACGCCCACACCUCGAGGCAGCGAAAACGGCGACAGUGACAUGGGCAUCGGCAUCGGCAGCCAGGCAGGCGUGGGCGGCCAGCAGCAGCCCAUGCAGAUGGGCAUGAUGGCUGGUGGUGGUGGUGCAAACGGAGGGGCGGGGACGCAGAUGAUGAUGCAGAGCGACGCCAUGACACAGCAGGCGGCCAUGCAGGGGUGAGCAGAGAUCAGAUCAGAUGGACGCUCACUCGAAGUCGGUUGGCCUCACUCUCUCUCUUUCUCCAUGCUGCGUCUGUUUUGCUGGCAGUCUGCUGCAGUCGUCCUCCAUGCCGCCCUCUCUGCUGCCCUACCACCACCAGCCGCCCAUGUACCCAUCACCAUACGAGCAGCACCGUCAGCAACAGCAACAGCAACAGCAACAGCAGCAGCCACUGUUCCACCCGCCCCCGCGGCCGUUGCCGCCACAGACGAGCGCAUCUUUCCCCCUCCCCAAUCCACGGCCAAGCGCCACGAGGUCAGUGCAGGCAGGCAUCUUGCUCCCUUGGUCAAUGGACCGAUCGACGUGUAUGUGUCCGUGGCCAUCAGGCCUCCGCUGCCCCCUUCGCGUGUGGCUGAGAGUCCUGUAGAGGAUCGGAAGAUGAGCCCACACCGCUUCACGCCCCUCUCGCCGGCCGUGUCGUCAUCUUCACGCUCACAAGGUGAGUGUAUGGGCUCUCUAGGUGUGUAUAUGGCCUUGUGUGUCUGCAGAUGGCGAGGGCGGUCCGGGUGCCGGCGGCCGCAGCAGAGCCCACCAUGACCAGCCGCAAGAGCUGAGAAGAAAACAGGUGAGUGAGUGGACUCAACACAUACACACAUACACAAACACGUUUAUCUGAUUGAUGAUGUGUGUGCAGUCGCCCGAGCGUGCGGUGUCGCCUUUGAUGGAGCACUGGAGCACCAUGGCGAGCGGCGGCCAGGCGGCCAAGGGCGGGGCGUCCAAGGACAACUUCACCGCCAUGAUCGGCGACAUGAAGACAGACGUCCAAUACGGCGUGCGGCAAGGUCACAUGAGAUGAGAUGGGACGAGAGAGACCGGCGGCAGAGAGCAAUGCUGGUGCGUGUGUGUCUGUGUGUGUGUGGAGCAGGUAUCAUGUCUCAGGCGGCUGUCCCCAGCUCGUCUGUGAGUGGGAUGGGCAGCAGCGACGACGACCCAGACGGCGAGGGGGGCAUCAACAGCGUGGUAUCAACACACACAACGCACACAAACCUACCUACGGCGCAGGCGCCCAUAUCGCAUGUGCGCUUCCCUUCCCGCUCGUCAGGCGAACAAGAUGCGCCACCUGUCGCUGUGCUCUGAUUUCCUGACCGCUGCUGAGGCCGCCUUGGCGGCGGCACCGACAAGGGAGGAGGUGCGCGUCAAGGAGGUCCCUGACAUUGAGCUGCCAAACGUGGAGGUGAUCAACAGAAGAAACACCAUCACGGCAGAGCGGCGAAUGACCCCAAUGUGUGUGUGUGCGGAUGGAUGUCAGGUGCAUGUGGACACCGAUCUCGAUUCCGGGUCGGUGUUGCUGGUGCGGCCCGACGGCCAGACGUGCAAUGAGGUCAGUGUGGCUCCCGGCUCGUUCGAUCCGCUCUCGUCACAUGUGUCUGUCUGUGUGUGUGGAUGCCUCAGGUGGUACUGCAGGUGCGUCCGCCCGACCCUCUGACGAUCGACAAGUUCGUCUUCAGCGUCGUCAUCGAGAGAAAUGCUGGCGGGGAGAAGUCGCCCGCUGCGAGGAGGUGAGGUACACCACAACACCCACCACACCACACACAUGUGCCAGGGCCACACACUCGUUGAUGCUCUGUGUGUGUGGGUGUGUGGUGUGCAGACACUCUGUGAGCCGGUCGCCCGAGCACACCGACUCCUCACCACAUGCAGUAAGACCACCACACACGUACAGCUAUGCUGAGAGACCUUUCUGGGUAUGUGGAUGUGUGUGUGUGACCAAUUUUGCAGUCGGGUCCUGACAUUCCGAUGCAAGAUGCUGCCAUCGUCAAGAGGGAGAAGGAGGACGGCCUGCUCUCACCCAAGGUCAGUCGGCAUUGCCAGAAACACACACACACACACGGCAGCUAUAGCUUCUCUCUCUGUGUGUGUGUGUGUGUGUGUGUCAGAGUGCCAAUAUCAGUUUGUUUGGCCGCGAGACGGUGACGAUAUCUGUGCGGGCGUCAAGCGGACUCAAGAGCAUGACCCCCAAGAUACAAUCGGUACACCACCACAGCACACGAGAUGGCCAGCCAUCCAGCCCUUUCUGUCUGUGGCUGGCCGCAUGGUGGCUGCAGGUGUACCUGGCCGAUCAGCACAAGCACUGCGAAUGCAAGCUGGACAUUCAGGUACACACACCUGCAUGGACUGCGCAUUGAUACUGGUCGGUCCAUUUCUUUCUGUCUGUCUGUCUGUCUUUCUGUCUGUCUGUCUGUCUGUCUGUCUGCAGGACAUUGUGCUGUACAACCGUGUGGGUUUCUUCAAACCCACUGCCAUGAAGCCCAAGCCACUGGUAAGUCAGUCAGUGGGCACGUCAUAUAGAGGUCAAAUGCAACGCACAUGGCUGGGCUGUGCUGUGUGUCGUGCAGCGUCACCAGUGGGCGUGGUAUCGGAACGCAUCGCUGCAGGACACUUACGAAAACAGAGAGCUGGAGCUCAAGGUAAGUUGCCGAAUGCGCGACAAGAGACAAAGGGGAGGGCGCCCCCCCCCCAAACCAACCUGUGUGUGAGUGUCCAUUUGUGUGUGUGUGCAGGAGUGCCGUGCGGCGCCUGAGGGCCGCAGCACCCGAUGGCGCACCGACAAAUUCAUCGCCGACUUCCUCGUAGUACACAGCCCACCACACAACACAACACGGGCGAUGCCCAUCUGCUCUCUCCCUCCCUCUGUGUGUGUGUGUGUGUGUGUGUGUCACUUCCGCAGUGCAAUUUGUCAACAGCCCUUCAGGCGUCCUUCGAGCUGCUGCCGCUGUCAGAGGACUGCCAGCGGGGCGUCAUCAAGGCCGUCCGGCUGCACCGGGCCGACGGCACGCCGGGCUUCUGCCGCAUCGACGGCAUCCUCAACUUCCGGACCAACACACAGUCGCAGCUGCGGGUGCAGGGCGGCGCGUGUGAGAUCGCUCUACGGGGCUUCACGUGUGCGGCCACCCAGAUUACGGCAUCCGACAGGGUGCACCGGAAGAAUAUGGACUGACUGUGUGAUGAGCAGACGGACAGGCAGACAGACAGACAAACAGACGGGCGUGUGUCCGUGGGAGGCACCUGUGGUGUGGGUGUGUGGUGCGAGUACAGGG